AUGAGACCUACUUUCCCAAGAUUCAAUGCAGCUAAGCCAACCGGUGGUUUCUCCAUUCCUCCAGAAUUAUACCCAUUAUACGCAGCAUGUUUUGUUGUUUGUUGUUCUGCAACUUACUUCUCUUACAAGAAGUUAACCACCGAUAAAACUUUAAAGCUCGGUAGAUCUGUCCCAACUUUCGACGAAAAGUUAUCUGAAGCUUUGGACAAGAAGGAUGAAUAA